UAGAUUGAUGUGGAGGGGAGAUUCAUUUGGGAAGGGAUUCUGGCUGCCCUGGGAGCUGCUGCAUGUCAGGCUCACUCUCAGGGCUCCGGUGACUUGUAGAUAACAGGAUUGUUCUGGUGGUUCUCUUCUAUAACGGUCAAAAUGGUGAUCAAAGUCUUUGUAGCCACAUCUUCUGGGUCUACAGCGAUUAAGAAGAAACAGCAAGAAGUAGUGGGCUUCUUAGAGGCCAACAAGAUUGACUUUAAGCAAAUGGACAUAGCUGGUGACGAGGACAACAGGAAAUGGAUGAGAGAGAACGUCCCAGGUGAAAAGAAGCCACAAAAUGGAAUCCCCCUCCCUCCACAGAUCUUCAAUGAGGAGCAGUACUGUGGGGACUUUGAAUCCUUCUUCUGUGCCAAGGAAGAAAACAUUAUUUAUUCAUUCCUGGGUCUGGCACCUCCUCCGGGUUCAAAGGAGGUGAAAACUGCUGAAGAGACAUCAAACCUUCCAAACGGUGACAUUUCGGGUGAAGAGCACAAAGUUGUGGAAGAGACUGAAAAGUCUGAAGUAACUGAAGAAAAUGAGGCACACACAGAAGACAAUGUAGAUGCAGUCGCUAAUUCUAUUGAACUGCCAUCAGAAGAGCAACAGGAAAAGGAGGAAGAACACCCAGUGACAGAGGAGGAGGAGGAAGAAGAAGAAGAACAGGAGGAAGAGGAAGAAUCUUAGUACUUUGUUAUGGCAUUUUUUUCUUCAAAAAGUUUUUCAGGAAGCACAAGUCCGUGCAGCACCAGAGAAAAUAAAACCAUCUCUUCCCCCCAAACAACCCACCAUUGCGUUUUGCACCAACACAUGUAUAGACAUCUGUAUAUCCCCAAAACACAAGACACCACUCUGCCCUAUAUUAUAUAUAUAUUGGUAUUCUGGUCUUUUGUUAAAGUGGGUCACCUUAAUUCUGUCUGACAAUAUCUCAGACUUAGCUUUAUAUGUUCUAACAGUACUGUCUAUGUCUAAUUUUAGAUUGUAAGCUCCUUGGAGCAGGGACCGUGUCUUCCUCCAUGUUUGUACUCUGCCAAGCACACUAUCGGCACUCAGUAAAUAACCACAGUUGUGCAUCAAAACUGUAUUAGGAGGUAAAGAACUUCAGCACUGAAAACUCCAAAGAAGAUCCCUGUGUACAAGCUUUGUGUUGCUUAUCUCUGAACUGGCCUUUAAAAUGAAUGUGAUUUCCAUUGUACAGUAGUUUAAAUAAACACAUUUUAGGUCAGGC